UGUAAACAACGUUUUCGUUCUUAUGUCUAUCGACCGCCGAUAAAUCAAAUCCGGUCUGACUGAGGUAAAUAUUUCGUUUGAAUAAAUCAACGUUUCGAAUCAAUUAUUAUUAUUAUUCGAUAUGUAUAUGAUCGUCAAGUUUUACUUACCUCUUUUUAUCAACGCCUUGGAUUAUUUCUUUUCAUUUUUUCGGUUUUGAAAAUUAGUUUGAAUAGAUAUAACUAAUCAAAAAUCAUUUCAUACACAUAAUAAUAAUAUACUAAUAUUAUUAAAUAAUAAUAAUAGACAUAAUCGAUAUUAAUUGAAAUACCCCGAAGAACAAUCAUAAUUGAUUCGAAACGUCGGUGUAGCCAAAUAAAAUAUUUACUUCAAUCAAACCGGAUUGGCUUGUGUUAUGAAAUUUCAUUGUCGUUCGUUCCUAACAUACUUCCACUGACUCGCAGAUGUGAUGUUGACUUUCAUAUAGUUUGAGUGUUUUUUCUUUAUGCUCACUCGCCAAAUCAAUGUGCAUAAUUUUUGUUGUUGUUUCGAUUGGAAUAUUUUGAUAUAAAUUUUAAUCCUAAUAAAAUUAUAGUGUUUUUAAAAAGAUAAUACUCGAAAACUUUUUCAAAUCACAUAAUCUGAGAAUUUUAAAUACACAAUCGACCUAGCAAAAUGUGUCAAUUAAAAAUGCUUUAAGAUCGAUUAAGGAUGGUCUUAUUUGUGAGCGCUAUAUUUUUGUCGCUAUUCGCGAUCGCAAUAAGUCAGCUAAAUUAUGCUCAAUGUGAACCAAAACAUUUUGCUGAAGAAAUGGAGGAUAUCUUUCAGUUUGCUGCGUUACACUCUUCGUCCAAACAACCGUACUUUGCUGCCAAUCGUACCAUCAAAUCGUCUGAACUCAAUGCUAAAAAUGCCAUCAAAAUAUGGAUGUUUGUUAGACAUGGAUCGAGAACAGGCCAAACACACGAGACAAAUGUAUUCAAAUCAUUUGAAGACGGUUUGCGAGCACAGAUUAUAAGAAACCUUGAAAAUGUGACACAAUGUCCACUUUCCGAAAAUAACUGGAAAAAGCUGAAAAAAUGGAAAUGGGAUUCACAAUUCGAAGCAGAUCGAGUAAUAACUGAAAGUGGAAAAGCAGAGCUUAAGAAGAUAGCAGAAAAUUUAAAAGCAAGAUUUCCAAUCCUUUUUAAUGUUCCGUUCAAUAAGAGCAAUUUCAAUGCAGUUUGUACAGACGAACCACGCACUAAAGUUAGUGCUGCUGCAUUCGUCGAUGCCAUAGUAGGAAGUCAAUGGCGUAGCAAUGUUUUAUCUGUAUCAAAUGAUGAAGAAAACAAGAUCAUAAGGGCAUUUACUUAUCCGCCAUACAUUGAGUUAUAUAGAAAAAGGAAUAAACACGGAAAUGCCUUAUUAGAGCGAUUUUUUGAAACAGAUACAUUUUUGAAAGUGGUUGAAGAUGUAAGCAAUCGACUAAAUUUCAAUGACGGUCAAUUCGAUAUUGGAAUCGAUCGCGUCUUGGAUAUGCACAGCUUAUGUCAAUUCGAAGGUACAUGGACACCGGGAGGAAAAAGUGUAUGGUGCUCGAUGUUUACCAAAGACGAACUACUGGUGCUUGAAUAUUCACAUGACCUAUAUCGUUUUAUAGAUUGUUCACCAUUUGGCGGUGAAGUGAAUAGGAGAGCGCACUGUUUGUCUGUUCGUGAUAUGAUGACACAUCUAUCUAUAUCUGAUGGACCAAAAGUUACAACAUACUUUACGCAUUCAGCAGCAAUUCUGCUACACAUGACCGCAAUGGGAGCAUUUGAAGGCAUCGAAGAACUUACCGUAGAAUAUGAUAAGGAAAGCAGAGCAGAUCGUAGAUGGAACAUCAGUAGGUUAGAUCCAAUGGCAUCCAAUUUUGUCGCUGUUCUUUACAAACACAACCAAGUUAAAUUCUUCCUCAACGAUAAAAUUGUACAUUUACCUGGUUGUAAUGAGGGUUUGUGUGAUGUGGCCUUUCUUCAAACUAAAUUUACCCAAUGCUACUACUAAUUUUGUCCAAGAAAUAUAUCAUGAAAAGUUUGAAAUAAAUGAUUAUAUUACUUUUUGAUUUAUGGUCUA